GGGAAAGCCUGCACCAAUUGUGCCCGCGUCAAAUGCAAGUGUAUCCUCCGGGCCGAUGGCAAUGAUUGCGAGAGAUGCCAUCGGCUAGGCAAGGUCUGUAAACUCUCAGCCCCAAUGAAGCAACGCGGACCCAAACGCGGUGCAGCUUCAAGAUCAGCAAGGCUUGAAGAGAAAUUGGAUGAUCUAGUCGCUCUUCUUCGAGCAGGGAACCUGCCCAUGGCACCCACACAGAGGGAUCAUGCUGUCAGAACCUCAGUAAAUUCGGACGACAGAGUCGAUUCGCCGUCAAUAAGUCUAGUCUCCACCCCAUCAUCGACUGAUGAUCAUGAGGAUUACUCUGAGGACGACGCGUCACCUUCUCAAGCCGACGAGUCUCUUGCCAGGUUCCGGGACGAGAUGAUAACUUUCACCCCUUUUAUCUACAUCGACCCAGGAAUAAGAGCUGUAAAUGUCAGACGGACUUACCCAUUCUUGUGGCUGAACAUCAUGGGGGUCACAUCGAAGGCUGUUAAGACGCGCAACUCUCUCAGUCUACGAAUACGGCGCAUCAUCAUCGAAAAGGUUGUGGCUGGUGGUGAAAGGAGCCUCGACUUACUUUUUGGGCUACUCACCUUUGUGAACUGGUUAGUCAGGGUUCAUCUGUUUCCCAUGGACAAGCAGUUCGCCUCUCUGGCAUCUCAGCUCGCUGUCUCCUUGAUCUGGGACAUGGGCCUUCAGAUGCCUCCACCGGAGCACCUGGCUCACUUUUCCCUGGAUGUGAAUACGCAGUCUUCGAGGAGAGAACGCACGAUGGAGGAAAAGCGUGCUGUACUAGGGGCAUUCAUCAUUACGUCUGUGCUGUCGCAAACCUUCAAGUCGGCUGAUGGGUUUCGCUGGUCACCAUAUCUGGACGAGUACCUAGAUCAUCUUACCAAAUACAGCACUGUACCACAGGAUGCAGUUCUGGUGAGACAGGUGAAGAUGCAGCUCAUCGUCACUCAAUGCCGCUACUCUUCGUGGAAGAUCCGCAAUCUUGAGAUCCCAACGGGCUGGGUGCAGAGUUUACAAUUGCAGCUUGACGAAAUAGCAGAUCCUGCCAACCAAACAAAGCUUUCAGCAACGACACAAAUCGGAUUAUAUCAUUACACUACGCUCACCAUACGUGAGUGGGUUAUGGCCAAAUCACCCAGUCCAAGUCAUGAACCAGAUUUGGGGCGGUACGAAAUGUGUCAGCGCUGUGUGCAUUCCGUCAAGGCAUGGCUCGAUAUAUUCUUCGCGAUGCCGUUGCACAUGUACGCAAGCGUGCCUUACAGCACGUACUCGCAACUGUGCUAUGUUGUGCGCUUUCUGCACCACAUGACCACAACUCGAGAUGCUUCCUGGAGUCCUGCUGCAGCACAAGAGGCUUUGGACCCGCUCGAUACACUGGACAGGGUGAUUCAUACCUUCGAGACUGUAGCCGCAGCCUUUGCAACAGAAUGUCCUGGCAAUGUGGAAGACCAAGGUCUGUCCCUGAGCAUCAAAAAGUUCAAGGCCUUGAAGGCAUCUUGGGAAGCAGAAUUGGCUUCC